AUUGCUGUCGUAAGCUAUCAAUUUGCUUGCAACAAGAAUUUAUUUAACUCCAGCCUAAUAUAUAGAUUAAUUUAGCAAAUUUUAAUAUAAAAUGACAAACAAGCGUGUCGAAUUUGUUAACCCAGACAAUUUACCAGUAGAAAAGUUAACCCUGUCUGUUUCUAACGACGGUGUUGUACAAAACAUUAAAGCUUUGGAUCCUUACUGGGUGGCAGAUAGACAAUUUCCUCUGUAUGAACGACCACCUGCUAGUAGCAAUAUUAUAUUAGGAGCUGUUGAUGCUUGGAUUAUGAAGAUGGAAUCAUAUUUAGAGGACCUGAAGUGUCUGCUUACACUGCCACAUCAUAGGUUUUGGAGCACAAUAUUAUAUCACACAAGUUGUAUGGAUGCAUUAGUAUCCUUCUUACAAGAGGCUAGUCCACCAUACAUGCCUCCGCAUGAAAACAAAAAUGUACAGAAACUGUAUGAGGAAAUCAGAAGACUGGUUCUUAUUAUUUUUAGCAGAUUAAUUACUAAUAAAGAAAGUAAGAUAUGUUGGAUGAGCAAGGAAUAUAUGGGUUCGUUGAUAUACGACAGGUUCGUGUUCACAGUGCCAGUGAUAUGGGACAUAUGUUUGACAUAUGGAGUUGACAAUGCACAGCAUGUAGCCCGGCUGCUGGAUGCUGUGUUCAAGCUUCAGCCACAGUAUGAAAGGGACACGGCUGCCGCUAUAGCAUUCGUGAAAGAGGCUUUCAAAUUCAUAAUACUUCAAGUAAAUAAAGACUACGAUAGUGAUGAACCGCUUAACCUUCCCGAAACUUUCAAAGGAUUCAGCGAAAUUAGGCGGCCCUCAAGUAGCGCUAAAGACAACCUCACGGUUGACGUCCUUCAGGACCUCGUCAUACAUAUCCUGGACACCGCCGUCACGCUCAGGAUAUUUGUAGAGACAUACCCCAGGGCCCUGGACAUUUAUAGGAAAACUAACUUAAUUCUAAGUAUAGUUCAACUGUACGAGUACGGCAUCCCGAAGCUGUACGAGCGGCUGGGGGAGGCGGGGCGGGGCAGAUGGGACUGNNNGCAGACAGGACAGGGGGCGGGGCAGGCGGAGGCUCACUUGGAGCUGGCGCGCGCCGAGCUCAUUGACAUACUCAGAGAGAUGCUGGCUGUUUACAAGAAUAAUAUAUUUAGUGGCGAAGGCAGUACAUCAGGGCACGUAGAGGACUUACUGUCCCUGGUGCUGGACGCGCUAUCUGAGAAGCUGUUCAUCCGGGAUUACCACCUCUGCUACCCGCUGAACGACGACCUUGAGGUGCUGCGCCAGGCCUACCCCGAUAUUGAUACAGUGAAAACAGAUUUUAUAUUACAAGCGAUAUAUUCUAAUUUAGAAGAGCGUUUACCUGACGACAUCUUGACCAGCGAUGACAUAUUGACCAACAACGCGGUCACUUUGACAAACGGCCAUGUUGAGAGCAUAGACAAGCCGCAGCCCGGACCCGCCACAGACAACGAGAUACCGGAUAAUAUAAGAGAGGAGUCGUUGAUUAGCGAAGUUAAAGAUAUUCUGCCACAUUUAGGUGACGGGUUUAUAUUGAAAUGUUUACAACAUUAUGGAUUUAACGCCGAGAGAGUUAUCAACACUCUUUUGGAAGACAAUUUAGCUGAACCUUUAAGAGGAUUAGAUCGAUCUCUGCCGAUGAUCCCGGAGGACGUGGUGGAGCAGAAGUUCCUGGAGACGGGCAUCCAGCGGCUGAACGUGUUCGACGGCGACGAGUUCGACAUAAUGACGCGCGACGACGUCGACCUCCGUCGCGUACAUGUCGGCAAGCGACGCGACAAACAUCGCCACAUCGCCCAGCUGCUCGACGACAAGACCGACGUCAAGUCUCGACACGAUAUCUACGCCAAGUACAAUCUGGUGUGUGAGGAGGAGGCGAUGUACUCGGACGAGUAUGACGACACGUACGACGCGGAGGCGCAGGCGGAGGUGCCGGACGCGGACCCGGACGAGGCGCGCCGACCCUUCGUCACACCUCGCGUCCUCCAACACCGCCAGCAGACCGAAUCGGAGGAAGAAGAGGAGGAGGUGAGUCAGAAGGAGCAGGAGGCGACGAGCGCGGGUAGGAGCAGGCUGGACUUCUGCGUGAACCCGGAGGAGGUGCGCGCGCGCAGGGAGGCGGCUCACCUGGCGCGGCGGGGCGGCGCCCGCCCGGGGACACGCCCACUCGCACCGCGGAACACGGACGUGGUGGGCCGGGCGAAGGGCCAGGGCCAGGACAAGGAGGUGCUGGUGAACAGGGAGCGCAAGGAGAAGCACAAGUCCUCGCGCGCCAACCACAACCGCCGCCAGGGGGCGCAGGCCAAGCGCAACCGCGGCAUGGUGCCAUCAUAGUGGUACCAUGACACCGCUCCCUCCCCUCCCCCCCAGCACUGUCAGCAAUGACCUCUCUACUUUGUUAUUAUUUAUUGAUUCGUUUUUUUGCCGAUAUUUAACUUGAAAACUUGGAAUGAUUGCAAACAAAUGUACUUCAUGGCGUAAAGCAAACCAUACAGUUUACUUAACCUGUCCUUUGACGAUGUGUCUAUGGUUUUUAUAUAAAUUUAACUUUAUUGUAGUUGUUAUUAUCAAAAUUUAAAUAAACUUUGAAUCAAUCAAGGCACGUGAUCACGAAACAUGUCAUAUUGCUUGUCAUCUUUCUGCUAUAUCGCAAUAUUAACUUCAUCAGUCGCAAUGUGUCAGUGUUCAGUGUACACUGCACAGUUAUGACGUCAUUAAACAGGGAUAUGUCACAUAAGAAGUUCCUUAUAUAUACUCUAUAAUAUUUGUAAUUGUCGCAGUAAAAUACAAUAAAUAUCUAUCACAUAGAACCUCGUUAACUUUUUAAUAU